AUGCCAACCACGCAGCCCAUGACUGGCGGAGGCUUUCCCAAGCAGAAGGAUGCCAAAAAAAAAGGGGAGAAAAGGGUUUCUGGCAUCGCACCGAUUCCUCCCCCAGGCUCGUUGCUGGCAGGCGGGAACCUCUGGCAGCUGCAGCAGGUGAUCACGAAGAUGACGGGGAAAAACGCCGUGCUGCGUUACUCCUUCUACGGCUGCUACUGCGGCGUGGGGGGCCGUGGGCAACCCAAGGACGCCACAGACAGGUGCUGCCAGCUGCACGAUGCCUGCUACGACAGCCUCCAGCGGCACCACUGCGACGCCAAGCAGCAGUACUACCGGUACAGCUGGGACAGAGCCCACCUCACCUGCAGUAAGUGGGGAUGCUGGAAACGGGGCUCCCCCCUUCUCCAGAUGGAAUCAGAAUCGGUGCUGCCCGCAGACAGGGACUCGUGGUGCGCCCGGCUGUCCUGCGAGUGUGACCGCAGCCUGGGGCUGUGCCUGCGGAGAAGCGCGAGGAGCUACAAGUGGCGCUACGUGCUGUACCCCAAGAGCAAGUGCAGGUGAUGAGCACGUGCAAAGCGAAGAUGUCUCAGGUUUGGCCCUCUGCUCCAGACGGGUUUUGCGGCUGGAGCUGGGUUCCCGCCUUCGUGUUGAACUUAAUUGAUGUGAAAAUAAAUGAUGUGCUUAAAUCAUCCCGGUCCUCUGCGAGCUGGAGCCCAGCAGUGCCCUCCCAGCACCCUCCCAGUGCCCCCCGUUACGUUCCAGAGCCUCCCAGCACACACACAGUACCACCCUGCGCUGCACAGAGCAGCUCAAUAACCUCUGAGUGCCUUCCAAUGCUGCCUAGAGACCCCCAGGACACCCCCAGUAACCUUCCAGUGCUACCUAGAACCUACCAGUGUGCUCCCAGUCCCCCCUAGUGUUGUCCAGAGCCUCCUAACACACCCCCAGUGGACCCCAACCCUUGCUAGAAAUCCCCAAUAUGCUCCCAGUGCUGCAUAGCACUCCGCAGUAUCCUCCCUAUGCCCUCCCAGUGCAGCUCGGUGCUGUCUUGAGCCCUCCAGUACGCUGCCAGUGCUGCUUAGUGUAGCCUAAAGGCUCCCAGUGCCUUUCCACUGAACCUCAGCAUUGCCCAGAGCCCCUUCAAUUAAAUCCCAGUGCUCCCUGGUACUGUCUAGGACCUCCCAGUGCCCUCCAGUGCUGCCUACAUGCACCCAGUACUCUUCUAGCAUCUCACAAAAUGAGACUUUGGACUCUCAAUGUGGGGCUUUGGAUCACCAAAAUGGGGUUUGGGGAGAUGAAAAUGGGGUUACAGAUCUUCAAAAUGGGCAUAUGGAGUGAAAGAGAAGAAUCCAACCCCUUGAAAUUAAGAGCUUCACCCUAGAACUGAACUUGUGGACCCAAAGAAUGACUCUCUAGAUGGAAGAAUUAGAGUUUGGGCCCUACAAACAGGAUUAUGAGCCCUUGAAUUUAGUCUUUGGAUGUUCAGAAAGGGAUUUUGUGACCAAAAAUCAGGAUGUUUAGAUCUUCCAAAUGGUAUUUUAGAGCGGAAGAUGAAGCCUGGGUUCAAAGGAUAAGGUUCGGGACCCAAAAAAACGAACAUGGGAGGAUGCCUGGGGUCUGUGGGCAGCGCUGAGAGCACUGGGAAAAGUCCUGAGGGCACGUAGAGAGCAGUGGGGGGGGGGAACUGGGAGCAUACUGGGAAGCUCUUGGCAGUACUGGGGGGCACUGGGUGUUUGGGGGUCUCUAGAUAGCACUGGGGGUGUGCUGGCAAGCUCAAGACAGUACCAGGGGACAGCGAGAGGGUACUGGGGUGAUGCAGAAUGCACUGGGAGGGUGCCUGGGGGUCCCCAGGCAGCAGCGAGGGGCUCCAGCCUGCGUCACACCGGGCUGUGGGUUUGGCCGGCAAGGGACGGGGCGUAGCAGGACGGCGCGGGGGGACAGGCGAGAGGAAUUUCGGCACUUCCAGGCGGGAGCCGGAGGCACGGGGCAGCACUCGGCCAGCGGCGAGGGAUUGGAAGCGGAACCGGUGCUGUUUCCCGGUGCAGGCGAGAGGAAGAUGAGGGUCCUGCUGAUGCCGGCGCUGCUGCUCGCCUGCGGCAUGCUCACAGCUCGUGGGAAGCACCCGCACACGUUUGCUCCGGGGCUGGAGGGAAGCACCGUGGGAAACCUGACUGCCCACGGCUGUGGCUCGGGAUGGGGCCGUGGUCGCGCUGCUUUCAUGGACCGGUGCUGCCUGCUCCGUGCCUGCUGCUACGCCAGGCUGGCCGCGCGCCGCUGCCGCGUGGGACCGACCCAGCGCCUCGUUGUGCCCCAGCCAGGGGUCCCUGCCUGCAGAUCCGGGACGCGGUGCCAGCGAGGGGCCUGCAGGUGUGAGCUGUUGGCUCAGCUCUGCCGGGCACGCAGCCGGGCGCUGCGCAAGUGUCGAGGCCGAGGCGGGCGCUGCUGAUGGAGAAGGGCUCCUGGUAAUUAACCCACCUCCAUGCUGGAGGACAACCGCCCUUUGGUGGAGCUGCGCCAUUAGACACUGGAUCCGAGGAGGGAGGGUAGCGCAGAUGUCAUGUUUUCUGCUCAGAAAAACAAGGGAGGAGCAGACACCUGCGCCUCGUCACGGCAAAGGGCGAGAUGAUGGAAGCAGUCUUGCUGUUGGCGUUCACCCCUUUUGGCUCAAGCUCCCCGUGUGCAAAUCGCUGCGCGGAGACGUUGGCUCCCUCAGCUUCUUGCUUCGCUGCAGCAUCUUGUCUGUCGCUCCAAAAUAAAACCUGAGAGCACAAA